AUGGCCUCUGCCGCUGUUGGCAGUAACCACCAGUCCGACGACCAAAAGAAAGAGCUGUCGCCAGCAAGCUUCCUACCCAGCCUAAAGUCCUUUGACAUUGACCCCAAAUACAAAUAUCAGGCUCCACAAGAAGAGCAUCUCAAGCCCAAGGCUGCCAAACUGGCUCCCCAUACUACAGCACACUCCCGACUGAGCCUGCUAUCGCUGGAAAACCCGCUCAAAUCGCCAUUGGAGCCUCCCCACGGCGACGUGCUACGGGCGCUUCUGCUCCCUCUGGACAAACCCUGGCCUUACUCGGAAGACACCCUCAAUGAGCUCAUUCGGCUUCGCAUCGAACAGGAAAAGACCAAGCACACACAGAUCAAGCACGACUUGGGCCAGGUUGUGUUGGAGCUUUUGCGGGAGGCGCAGCAGCACGAGAUCUCCAGCGACGUGAUUCGCCGUCUUUUCCUCAACGACAACCCCCACCUGUAUGUCCACUACCUCCAGACUCACCUACAAGGCAUUUCGCAGCCACCGGCUAUUUCGCAGCCUCCAGGCCUGCAGCCUCCGUCGUCCUCGCAGCCUGUUGCAUUGGGUGCAAAACGGAAAAACUCCACCGAUAGUGUCCAUACGCCAGGAACGGAAAACGAGUCCAAACCGGCCUCCCAGGCUCAAAGCAGGGCUCUGCCGAAAAGCGAGUCCAAACUGGUUCCACCCCAGCCUCAGCCAACCUCCCAACUGCCCCAGGUUCCUGUGGUUCCUCAGCACCUCUACCCAGUGUACUAUGCUUAUCCAGAAGGCCAGGCUGCUCCACAAAACACGAGCAAGCCCGCCGCCAACCCGCCAACCGCCCAGGCGCCUCACCACCUGAAGCUGACUUCUCAGCUGGAGGAGUCAGAAAACUUGGGACUGCCUUACUCCCACAAGUACCCUGUGAACGCCUGGUCUGGGCCCCAGCGGCCGCCUCCUCCCCAGACGCAGCCGCCUCCUUACUACUAUGUUAAUUCGUCGCCCCAGGGUGUGCCAGGUCCCCUUAUGCCCUCACAGUACUUUGUGCCGCCUCCGGUGGGAACGGUGUUCCCAUGGGGCCAGGCGCAGGCGCCAGCACCUGAGCGGGAGGACCGCCCGAAACGGCACAAGGCCAGCAAAAAUGGCAUCAACUUCAUGAUCACCACGCCCAAGAACCCGCCGGCUAAGAAGUACAACAAGCUGUGA